AUGCCAACCUCACGCUUCGAAUCGGGCGUAUACUUCACUGCGCCCAAGGAUGACAACGAACAACGGACAGAGCUUUCUCGACCCUCUCAUUUCUCACUUCUCUCAGUCACUAUUAACGCCACCGUAGAGAGCAAUAUCUCUACGACGACCAUCACGCAAAAAUACACAAACCCAUCUUCCGCUGCAGUUGAGCACGCCAAAUACCUCUUUCCCAUCUACGACGGCUCCGCUGUCACGUCUUUCAAAUGUUGGAUCGGCAAAGACAAACUGCUCGAAGGAGCCGUGAAGCCAAAACAGCAGGCCCGCAAGGAGUUCGCAGAAGCCGUGUCGAAGCACAAGGCGGCGGUUCUCGUCGAAGAGCUGACCCCCGAAAUCUUCGAAACAAAUCUUGGCAGUAUCCCCAGCCAGACAGACGUGGCUGUGGAGAUCACCCUUGCUACGCAGCUGAGAGGGGAUCAAACGACCGGCGCUACCACUUUGACCAUCCCCACCAGCGUGGCCCCCAGAUAUGGAUUGCAGCCUAGGGGGUAUAAUCAACCCGAGACCGCGAGUACAACCGCAGUGGCAGGAGAAGAUACACUUCAUAUCAAUGUGCACGUUUCCAUGCCCGAGCAAAUUACGCAGAUCGAGUCUCAGACCCAUACGAUAUCAGUGAAGCUUGGUUCUGAAACCGGCAUCUUUGACCCCUGCAAAGCAAACACUUCUCUCACCGGACGGUCCGCAGUCUUGGAAAAAGAUUUUGUUCUUACAAUCAUGUCCAACUCGAAGGAAUGGAUGGUGUCUCGGGCUAUUGCUGUACCUCAGCCGGAUUCUAACAAAUCGACCAUUGCACUGACGUUGAGCCCUGGUGACUUGUUCCGAAAGAGAUUCAACCCUGACAACUACACCGGAGAAGUGAUCUUCGUGGCCGACCGCUCUUCGUCCAUGAAUGCAAAGAUUCCCGCCCUGCGAAACGCAAUGAACGUCUUUCUACGAAGCCUGCCGGAGCAAUGCUCGUUUAACAUUGUGUCGUUCGGAACCUCGUUUUCCUGGAUGUGGGAAAGCUCUCAGCCAUAUAGUCAAGAAAUUCUCGACGAGGCAACUAGCCACGUUGGUUCAUUUGAAGCCAACUUUGGCGGCACCAAGAUCUUGCAAGCAUUGGAAAGCAUCCCGGAACACUUCAACAAGCGCGCUGAUGUACCGACUAACGUGAUUGUACUAACGGAUGGAGAGACAUGGGACGUGGAGAAGGUGAUCGAGUUCGUCGCGAGAACGGCAUCGAACCCAGAGACGAACAUCCGGUUCUUUGCCCUCGGCAUUGGAAAAGAGGUCUCGCAUCGACUGGUCCAGGGCAUCGGCAUGCGCGGUGGUGGAUAUGCCGAGGUCAUCAGCGACACGAACUCGUCUUUGGCCUGGCAGGAGAAGAUGAUCCAGAUGUUGAAGAAUGCGUUGACACCAUCUCGCCUACGAUGUUCGAUUAGCUUUGACGGAUUGGUGCAGAAUGGAACUGGAUGCCUUCAGGCGCCUCAUUCUAUUCCACCUCUGAGCUCCUUUUCUCAUCAGUCGAUCUACUACAUGCUAGAUCGUGACGCCGAAAAGAUACCCGACACUGUAACUAUAACAGCAACGACAGAAGAUGGAACGAAUCUCACCACACAGUUGCUCAUUCACAGAAGCAACAUAUCAAGCAUUCACCACCUCGCCGCGAAGGCCUUCAUGAAUGACUACGAGACCGGUCAAAGCUGGCUUCAUGCGAAAUAUGCAUCCCUUCUAGUAAGCGAUCAGGGUGCAUUCAACCGUAUUCUCGAGCAUGAGGCCCAGAAAUUGGGCGUCAGAUGGUCGAUUCCCAGUAGAUGGACCAGCUACGUCGCCGUCGACCGCGCCUCUCAGAAAGACCAUGAAACAUCUGUCGAGCCAGCCGAGAGAGGCGAACCGCCUCAUGACUCGGAAAGCGAAUCCGAUGAAGACAUGGGAUUUGGCCUGUAUGACGGAGACGAAUCACCUCAUGAUUCGGAAAGUGAAUCUGAUGAAGACAUGGGGUUUCGCCUGUACGACGGAGGCUCAACUGGGGGUGCCUUGCGAUUCUGUCGCGCCGGCUCAUCUUCUUCUUCCGAUGAUGACACUGCAGCCCACGUCGCUCCCCAAUUGCCUGAUAUGUCACUUUACAAGACGCGUGAUAUUCAAGGUAACAUACAAGGAAGCGUUGAAGGCAGCACGAGAGGUGCUGGUCAAGACGUCCGAAUGGUGGCCACUUCAUUAGACCGUCCAUCUUCGCCUUCUUCCUCCGCUACCAGAAUAGUUAGGGGAGGCUCGAUGGGUUGCUUCGGAGGCGGUGGGAUUCCCACGGACGGGGUGAGCUUUAAAGCGAAGAAAUGCAAGCGUGCAUCAUCAUCUACAAGUGGCACCGCGGAGCCUAUCAAAGAGGCAGCUCAGCCUGAGCUCAAUCUGUCCAGGGUUCUCUAUCUCCAAGCGGCGAAUGGAGACAUGAGAGUUAAGGGUAGUGCCAUCGAAGCACAACUUCUGGCUGAGUUUCACCCGCAGGCUACGGAGGAUAUGAGCAAGUUGCUGGCCUCUUUGUCGGUGAAACUCGAUACCAUGGAGCGUGCAUUCUUGUUGAAUAUUUUGGCUGUCGUUUACGUGACCGUCAAAUGCGUGGAGUCUAAAGGGCUGUGGGAGAUGCAAAUUACGAAGGCACGAAAGUAUCUCAAAAAGCGACUGGAAGAGGCUGCUGUUGAUGUAGAGUUCGAGGCAGCCUUGGAGCAGUUGGAGAGCACGGCUCAACAAGGACUUUUGCACCAGUGA